GAAGAACCACUCCAACCCAAAGGAGCUAAUCAGUCUGGAGCACACAGAGUUGCUGUAGAAACCUAGGGAUGUAGAAAGUGGAGCAGAGAUGCUAGCUGAGAUGAAGCGUUUGCAUGAAAAGAUGCUCACUGUAUUGGUGGUUAAACAUACAUCAGAAUGGAUAUCGUGGUGAUAUAACUGUGUGCGCCAUGGAAGCCAAAUGUGGAAUUAAUUUUUUUCUGAAGAACUGGAGUGCCUGUACCCUGCUCACUGUCACAGUGGUGAUGGCAACCAUGGGAUCAUUCCCAGCAAGAGGGUCCAUUCAAAAUAAGUCUGUCCAGCAUCAUGCCAACAGUUCAGUCACAGCAAUGAUGGUGAACAAUAUUAAACCUCAGCUAGCAGAAGGCAAGUCAAAAAGGGAUGCAGUGGUUGGCACUGAAGUUGUGCUGAACUGCCCCCAUCAGAGACCUAUGAUAAUGGUAUCAUGGAAUGCCAACUUAAAGAAUGGAACCGUUUGCUAUUUAUCAUACAUCACUAAAAGAAAUCAAACAGGGGGAAACUGCAGUGAGAACAGCAUGUGUUGGUUAUCUAGACCAGACAAGAACUCCACCCUUCAGAUAAAGUCAGCACAAAUGUCCAGUGAAGGAAUAUAUAAAUGUUCUACAGCAACUGCUGAUGGAACAUUCAGCCAUGAACAUAAUCUAACCAUAUUAGUACCUCCUGAGGCGUCCCUGAUUCAUGACGACGUCAAUGGAACUGCCAUUUGCAAGGCAGUUGCAGGGAAACCAGCGGCACAGAUCUCAUGGUCCCCAGGAGGAGAGUAUAACACCAAGAGUGAAUAUUUGCUUAAUGGCACACAGACCGUCACCAGUAUAUACAAGGUCAACAGCUCUGAGGGGAGCGAAGUAACUUGCUUUGUCUCCCAUCCUGCAUGGAAUGAGUCCCUCACUCUCUCAUUAGGUGGACAAAGAAAAAAAAAGGAAGAUGUAACAAUCACCAUUCUAUUUUCCAGCCUUGCUGGUGUCUUGGGAAUUCUCCUGCUUUCAAUUUUCAUCUACCUCCUCUGUGGAAGAAAAAAAGAAGUUGCUGCAUCCAAAAGUCCUGAAACAAUGUCAAGACCAAGCAUCCAGGAGAGUGAGCUGGAGCCAUAUGCCAUUUUCGUACAAGUGGAAAAUGUGAUCUAUGAGAAAUCAGGUGACUUCCCACAUAGUGAAUGACACUUCCCACCAGAGCUCUUCCCUUCAACAUGAAACGGUGUCUGACUUGAACUGUGUAAGAGAAAAAUACAUUGGGAGGGGGAGGGUCAUUAACACUUUACAGUGACCCUCCCAUGGACAUGGGUACAUUUUGGCUUUCUGUAUCCUUCCCACAAACCCAAUGGCCUGUUGUCUCUCUCUGCCAACGCCCCAUACAGUCACUUGUCAAAAACCAGAGUCAAUUAUCUGUUUGUAAAAGAGGCUGAGCAGUUAUGCACCUUUUCUCCAGGCUCUGUGGAAUUCUUCCAAGAAUGCUGCUGGCCUUAACUGUUCUGCUCUGCAUCAUAACGAAUCUUCUUUUUCUCACAUUGACUGUAUUUUUCCAGUCUAAGCAUUCAGAAAGCUGUUUCGAGAACUAUGAAAAGAGGCGAUUCUAAUUAAUUGUCAUCAUCUUUCUGCCUAAUCCAAACAGACCAUUCACUUUAAUAUGGGGCAUUAAGUACAGGUUGAACUGGGAAGGGCCCUCGGGGCCAAAUCACUCUUUAAGAGCACUGUUCUAAAAAGGGGACCAUGUGUUGAGAUUCCUGCAAUGCAGGGGAGUUGCACAACUAGAUGACUACAAUUCUAUGAUUCUAAGGACCAUAUAACCAGCAUUCCAAGGAAUUGCGCCACGGAAGAAAACAACUGAUCUUUCUCUGACUGACAGACCUGGAAGCAAUACAUGCUCCUGGAAGACCGCAUCCUGCAGAAGGACAGCUUCUUCCUAAAGUUCUCUGGAUUAUGUUCUAUAUGUCAGUGAGGUUAAUAGGGAGAGAGAGCAGGUAUGGUGUUGUCAACUGAGCCAGACUUUGAGAGAGAGGUAAAAUAAAAAAAUUCCUUCAGUAGCACCUUAAAGACCAACUAAGUAAGUUGAUUGAAGAGGGUUCUUAAUUCUAAGACCCUUAGGUACAAUGUCCAGGUUUUUGCAUUUAGACAGAAAGAGGAUGUCAGUUUGUACCUGGGCAAGUUUCUUGGUGAGGUUGAUGGACUUCCAUUUCAUGCGGCUCAAUGUGGUGCCUUCCAUAGUUCUGGUUACAGGUAGGUAGCCGUGUUGGUCUGGAUCGAAGUAAAAUAAAAAAAUUCCUUCAGUAGCACCUUAAAGACCAACACGGCUACCUACUGAAGGAAGGUGCUACUGAAGGAAUUUUUUUAUUUUACUUCGAUCCAGACCAACACGGCUACCUACCUGUAACCAGAACUUUGAGAGAGAGCUCACCUACCAAAUAGAAUUGUUGUGAAUGGGCAUGUUGCCCCAAACUCCUUGGAAGAGUGGAAUUAAAAUAUAAUAACUAAUAGUAAUAGAACUAGAGAUAGCUCAGACUCUUUAUCUCGGGGAUUCGGGUUCGAGCCUCACACUGGGGGAAAGAUUCCUGCAUUGCAGGGGUUGUGGGACCCUUGUGGUCCCUUCCAACUCUACAAUUCUAUAAUUCUUCUCAAAAGUUAAUGGCCGUAUGUUGUCUAUACUUUGCCAUUAGUGAACAACUAGCUCUUCACAGAUCAAGAGCAGAAAAUGGUUUCUGAGGUUAUGCAUAGGAACUGAAGAAGAGCCCUGUGCAAAAGCCUAUCUAUAUGGCAUCCUGUUUCUCACAGUAGCCAAAAAGAUUUCCAUAGGAAGCCUAUAAGGAGGACACAAGUGCAAUAGUGAUUUCUCUUCAGCAACUGGUAUUGGAAAAAAAUGUCCCCUCCAACACAGGAGAUAAUACACAGCCAUCAUGACUAGCAGGCAUUGAUAACCUACUAUCAAUGGAAUUGAUCAGCUUUCUGCUGUUUGAGACUCAUCAGCUGAGCAUGCAACAAUGUUCCUUGAUUCUCUGAGAGCUCUAAAGUAAGAACUGGAUCCAAAUGUAAUCAAAAGAAGAAAAAGGAGCCCAAUUGAAUUACAGCAAUAGAGAUGUGAAUCAGGACUGGGUUCAGGGUUGAGGGGGUCCUGGGGAGGGGGGGUCUUCUGAUUAACCCCAUCCUCUGUCAGUGGGCCCUAGGAGGCUCAUCCAGCUGUGGUAGCAGGUCCUAGCUGCACUGGGACACUGGGUCUAGCCACCCAGAGCAACACUAGGCUUGGGGGAAUUAUAGGAAAUUUAAAGGAUGACUAGAUAUGGCCUCCAGCGCAGAGGCCCAGGGAAGACAUUAGCAGUGAGCCUUGGUUGCUGCCCAAGGAUGCCAUGUACCUUAGUUCUGAUAUGAAUGUAGCUUUAGCAGCAGCAGCAACAAAAAUAAUAAUCCAUAAUGACCUUAUAUUACCUUGUCAAGAGUCACUAGGUGGCAUUUCAACCUCAUGGUCAGUCAUGUCGUGGGAGAAAAAUAUUGUUGUUUACAUGGCAACAGGCGUCUCUGUGCAUACCUUGGCUAUGGUUUCCUUGGAAUAAAGGUAGCCAGGGACUUGUGAUGUCUUUGUGAUAUGUGCUUCUAUUUACAUACAUAUAUUGUUGCUGUUUAGUCGUUUAGUCGUGUCCGACUCUUCGUGACCCCAUGGACCAAAGCACACCAGGCACUCCUGUCUUGCACUGCCUCCCGCAGUUUGGUCAAACUCAUGUUCGUAGCUUCGAGAACACUGUCCAACCAUCUUGUCCUCUGUCGUCCUCUUCUCCUAGUGCCCUCAAUCUUUCCCAACAUCAGGGUCUUUUCCAAGGAUUCUUCUCUUCUCAUGAGGUGGCCAAAGUAUUGUAGCCUCAGCUUCACGAUCUGUCCUUCCAGGGAGCACUCAGGGCUGAUUUCCUUAAGAAUGGAUAGGUUUGAUCUUCUAGCAGUCCAUGGGACUCUCAAGAGUCUCCUCCAGCACCAUAAUUCAAAAGCAUCAAUUCUUCGGCGAUCAGCCUUCUUUAUGGUCCAGCUCUCACUUCCAUACAUCACUACUGGGAAAACCAUAGCUUUAACUAUACGGACCUUUGUCGGCAAGGUGAUGUCUCUGCUUUUUAAGAUGCUGUCUAGGUUUGUCAUUGCUUUUCUCCCAAGAAGCAGGCGUCUUUUAAUUUCGUGACUGCUGUCACCAUCUGCAGUGAUCAAGGAUACAUACAUAUAUAGGCUGAGCAUAAAAUAGAAGGUUCGCAGCAUUAACACUCCAACAACAGAUCUUGCUCCCCAUUGGAUUUCUAGGGGGCCCACCAAAGCCAUCGCUUUGGAUUUCCACAGUAAACAGAACAGGCCACUGGGUGUUCCCAGCUCCAGCUGUGAGAAGGGAAUGGCUGUUCUUCUCUCACAUUAACUCCCAGCUUUGGGAUGUGGGGAGGCUCAGCCCUGAUUUCCAAUGGCUUUCCUUCCAGAACCACCCAUCUAUUGACAGACACCUCCUUAACAAACUAUGGUCAUUUACUGCUCUGCCAGGUCCAUCAGGGUAAUCUGGACCAUUCCUGAUUGUUCCAAUAGCCCUCUCAGCAUUAGAACCUAAAAUUGCAGGGCUGUUCAGAUGGCCUCUAGACCAGCCCUUACCUCAAAAUGGACAAUGUUUCUUAGAUCUCCCUCUUCCACUUGCUUUCCCUUAACAGGUCUGGAAACUUUUUUAUAUAAUUCUCAAGGAACCUUCAUUGAUAAGCCAAUGUGGUGUCAUAGUUAGGGUGUUGGGAAGCCAGAGUUCAAAUCCCCACAAUGCCAUGAAGCUCACUGGGUGACCUUGGCUGGAUCUAGACACAUCAAAAAAAGCAAUUCAGUUCAACGGGUUGUAAACUUCAUACAGGGAAAUCCUGUUGGCGGAAGACGGGACUGCACAGUGCCAUCUGGUUUCACAGUGUUAAAAUGCAUAAAACGCUUUGUCAUAGCAUUCGUAGCAUAUAAAGCUUGUGACAGUCACAGCCUAACUUACCUUGCAAGGUUGUUGUGGGGAUUAAAUGAGGAGGGGGAGAACCAUGCAUGCCACCUUGAGCUCUUUGAAGAAAAAAAGUGGGAUGUAAAUGCAACAAAUAUAAUAAUAAUAAUAAUAAUAAUAAUAAUAAUAAUAAUAAUAGAUUCCAUCCAUUUUACUGAAUGUGUGCAAUCUAAUUUGAUAUU